AUGGCUCAGAGCUGGUUGAUAGAAGAGGGCUCAUCGUCUCAUUCUAAGAGAGCGGGGGGAAGAGCAGCACAGUCACAGUCACAACCACAACCACAAGCACAAGCACAAGCGCAGGCACUGGCACAGGCAAGGGCACUGGCACAGGCAAGGGCUCUGGCACAGGCACAUGCACAUGCACAUGUCCCAGUCCAAAUACAUGCACAAACGAACUUGGAUGUACCUUACUCUAAAACUUUUGCAAAUAUGAACCAGCCUACCAAUGUGUCUUCCUCUAUGUUGAGGGCUCAAUCAACAGAACCACCAGUACCGACACCAAUACAAACAUCAUUGGAAUCAACAUCAUCAUUGGCAACCACCCCCCAUGCUCAGGCCCAGACACAGGCAACAUCAACAACCCCGGUCUUUCCAGCAACUGACCCAACUCAGCCACCUUCUUCCUCUCUACACCCUAUCGCCAUUAACACUUUCAAUACCAUCGAGAUUCCUUCCAACGAGAGCAGUUACAGCAGCAGCAACGUCUCUCCUGCGUCAACAAGUACACCGGCUACUCCAAGUGCUACCACUGAAGCUAUUGCUGCUUCAAGCAGCCCAUCUAUCUCCUCCUCUAUCCUUGCUUCCUCUGCCAAGACUCCUUCUACUUCAACCUCAACAGACCCAACAGCGCAGAGACGUAUCAAGUGUGAUGAGGCUCGGCCAGCUUGUACGCAAUGUGUUCGAAGCAACAAGAACUGCACUGGCUACCCACCUCCCAGUCGCAGUUCCCGCCCCUUUGAAGAGGUUCGAAUCGCCCCGAAACCGAUGCCAGUCUACGACGCCCAUGUACCCUCGAAUGCUAUCAUUGCGCCUUUGCACAGCGACUACCACCUACUGCCACGUCGAGUACACCAACGAGCAGUUUUGAGAGCUGUCUCCCCUGGAACCUCUUCCCCGUCACCCACUACUUACCAACCAUCCAUGGCUCUUCAUAUCCAGCCUAGUGAAUCUUUCUACUUUGACAUUUUCCGCUCGCACACGGCCCACGAGCUAUCCGGCUACUUCAACAACGUGUUCUGGACCCGCUACGUGUUACAGGAAUGUCAUUCUGAAGAUGCUAUCAAGUGUGCUGUGAUUGGACUGGGCGCCCUGUAUCAGACCCUUGAACAGACGGCUGCGCUCGACAUGCGUCGUGGAUCCGAUGCGAGCUCUGAGGCCCGUUUCGAGAUUGUCAGGGGCCAUUGGCAAGUGGCUAUCAGGCGAUACGGCGAUGCGUGCAACGCAUUGGUCAAACUAAACACUCAGGAUCAGAGAUCACACAGAACCUCCAUCAUGGCCAAUGUACUUCUCGCCUGUUUCGACUCCUUUAUUGGCGAUCACAGGCAGGCGAUCCAUCAGAUCCAGACCGGGCUUGGUUUGCUCGACAUAUUCCACACUCAGCAAAGGCAACGACUCCUGCCUGCGUCCGAAGAUUCGCUCGAAGAGGAACUGGUUACUAUCUUUACACGACUAGCGAUCCAAGCAAAGUCUUAUGACAUGGCUUUCCAUUUCCCACAACCAUUCAGUAUACGGCUCAGUUCCCAGUCUCAACCGCAAUCUCCUGGUCACAGUGGCGCAAAUACCCCUUUGCAGGAGGAGCCCCUCUCUAUCCCUGAAAACUUUACCUCUGUCAUUGAAGCUCGGGUCGCCUUUGAUAAUCUGAAUGUUCGAAUCAUGCGAUAUAUAGAGGAACUGUUCUCCAUGAAAUCGGAUCUCAAGGGCACACUUCCCCCAUCUUGGCUAGAUUAUGGUCUUUCGUUCAAGAACCAUCUCGAUAGAUGGGCCAAGGCUUUCGACAACCUGUUUUUCGCGCGACACAACCCCUCUAUCAGUAUGCAAGAGAAAGCAGGCAUUGCAGCCUUGAGAAUGCUGGCCACUAAUACGAGAAUCCUGUAUCUUAUGAUGUUCAGUGAUAAAGAGUCCGACUUCGACAAUUUUCUCCCUCAGUUUCAGACUGUAGUCGACCUGGGUAUUGAGAUAGUCGGCGACGAGGAGAGACGAGCCGCCGCGCGCGACUGCCCAAACCCUGGACAGUGCCAGCAUAGACAACGCGAAACCUGGCAGUCCCAAGACUUCGUUCCGUCGAUGGGAUUCUCAGCCCCUCAUAUCAAACCUCGAUUUGCCGCCGACCUCGGUAUCGUUGCUCCUCUGUUCGUUGUAGCUACAAAAUGCCGUGACCCAGGUACCCGCCGCCGAGCCAUCCAGCUACUUCGCAGCAGUGCUCGUAGGGAGGGCAUGUGGGAUAGUGAGAUGGUGGCCAAUAUCAGUGCUUGGGUUAUGGAUCUCGAAGAGUCAGAGGCGCUUGCUAUGGGAGUUGAGUCUUACCCUGCCGAUGGUAUCUCAAGGCCCAUACCCCGCAUAAUACCUGAAGAAAAGCGAUUCACGAUCCGAUCCGUCGACUUUGAUCUGCGGACUCGUGUUGCAGACCUCCAGGUUGGUGUCCGCGGCCUCCCACCCGGCAUGCCGGACCCAAAGUUUCGUCAAACCCGAUUAAAUUGGUGA